CCCGGAAGAGAAGGGAUCUUCUCUGAGCGGAACCGGAAGCGGAAGCGGGCCCCAGCCGGGUGAGGGGAGCGGGGUGGCCAUGGCGCUGAGGCCGAUCUCGUUCCUGCUGCUGCUGCUGCUGCUGCUGCUCGGCCUUGCUGCCGAGAGCACAAACGGGAAUGGCGCCGGGGCCGGAGGUGUGGAACAGGGAUCAGAGCACUCAGAGUCCAGCAACCCUUCAGGAAACACUGGAGGAUCCAGUGGAGCACAGGCUGAAAAUCGGAGAGAGAAAACAGAAGAGCAGAGAGGUACAGGUGAUGCAGACCAAAACAACGACCCGAAUAAGGAAAAGAACGAUCGCAGAGAGACGGAACAAGAUGACCAAGGGAAACAAAAAAACACUGAGGACCAAAAGACCAGUGAGAGCAACGGCAGUGAUGGCAAGCAGCCUGGCAGCAGCACUGCUAGCCAACCCAACACCCAGCAGAACAGCAACAGCCAAAGCAGCACCCAGAAUGAUGGUGAUCCCCAGCAAAACACCCACGACAACAAUGCCAACAGCCAAGACAGCCAUCAACAGGGCAGUCAGACCGGGCAAAGUGACAACACCAGUGGCCAAAAUGGCCAGCAAGAUGACAACAAAAACAGCGAGAAAAAUGGCAACACCAAUAGCCAAAAGGACCAGGAAGACCACAAUGACAACACGGACAACCAGACCAACAAAGAACGUGACAAGACGGACAGCGAGACCAACAAGGAACGUGACAAGACAGACAGCAAGACCAACAAGGAACGUGACAAGACGGACAGCAAGACCAACAAGGAACGUGACAAUGCCAACAGCCAGACCAACCAGCAAGGGGGUGGCAGCAACCAGCAACAUGACAACGCCAACAGCCAGACCAACCAGCAAGGCAGUGGCAACAACCAGCAGCAUGACAACGCCAACAGCCAGACCAACCAACAGCCUGACAACACCAACAGCCAGACCAACCAGCAAGGCGAGGCAGACUCGUUGGGAAAUAAAGGCCAGUCCUCACAGUCAGCUCAUGACACUGAAGGCUCUCCAGAUGGUGACGAGCUCCAAGAGGAAGAGCAUGGGGCUAGGAAUGGUAAUGGUGCUGCCUCAUUUAAUAAGGAGGGAGAGAAGAGUAUUCCUGUUUCUCCGGGGGAGAAGUCAGAGAACAGCCACUUCUUUGCCUAUCUGGUGACCACGGCUAUUAUUGUCGCUGCUCUGUAUGUUGCCUAUCACAACAAACGGAAGAUCAUCGCUUUUGCCCUGGAAGGGAAACGAUCAAAAGGUGGUCGGCGGCCCAAGUCUGGCGAUUAUCAGCGGCUGGAUCAAAAGAUCUAGAUUCCUCCUCAGGUGUUCAGUGGGAGAAAGGUGCGUGGCGAUGACAAGACAUGAGUACUGGGACACCACCGACUGCCCUGCUGUAGCACUCUGAAUCGUAGCUUUGCUGUCGACUUCAGAUCUCAGAGGACAGGAGGAAGGGGAAAUGCUUUUACUUUUGCACCUGCACCUUGGUAUUGUUCAACUUCUCACUUCCUUAAAAUGUGUUUCUCCUUUCCCAGUGGCCUGAAAAUGAAUCAGUUUCUGCUUGGGUGUCUGGUUUCUAGACCAUGGCCCAAGAUAAGCCAGCUCUGGCACUUGACAGAACUUCUGUGUCCAAAUGAAAUGGGAUUUGCCGUCUACUGUACUGAUGUCUCCUCUUGAAAAAAAUCCGCCUGCGAAAUGAGCCAUCUGAUUCUCCCCUUUCAGAGUCAUAGAGCUGCCUUUGUAACCAGCACCGUCCUGCUGGAGGCACAGACCUUCUCUUUCUCUGUCCAUUGUAUUUGGAUGCUAAAGUUUGGAGCGUGACUGAUGGCACUAGCUUGGAAAUGAUCUGCCAAGGACUCUGAUUUGAUUGGUUUCUUUUCUUUCUCUCUGUGAUGAAGGCAAUGUUAGCUUCACAUCUCAGUUCUCACCUUAAUGCACACCUUCAGGAGCGCUGGAGCUGCCCUUGGCCCUCUGGUUGUAGCUUAGACUUCCUUACCUGCGCUGUGGCUGUUGUGCUCCACAUGGGUCUGUUCCCUUGUGGUCCUGACAGCCAAGAUGCUUGCACUAAUGAGGACUAUUAGUUUGAUGCUGUGAAAGCGAGCCAGUCAGGCUUAUGAAGUUCUGUGCCAUAUGGCUGUGGUGAUGGAGCAAACUUCACCUCAAAAUAUGACUCUCUUCCCCACUGUAAAACGUCAUGGCGAUGAUGCAGAGUGGACGGCAGUCCUGAAGCGUUUGGGAUGAAUGGAACUUGCGGUCGUUCAAACCUUCUCUUCUUCGGUACUGAGGCUCCUCAGCAGGAAAGGCGCAGCUCCUUCCCACGCAGCUGCCCUGCGUGCAGAAGGGUUCCUGCAGCUCCCAGAGCUCUCUCUGCUCUUCCACUGCUCUGUCCCCCCCUGCUGUGGGAAGUUUUACGUGGUUGAAUGUACAGAUCGCCAGCAUCUUAUUGCUGAUUUUCUCAGCGUCACUGUGGGGCACUUAAAUGAGGGCCUGGGACGUACUAGCACUGGUUGUAUUGAAGGCUGCAAAACGUGUUGAUUCCCGAGCUGUAGCUGUGAUGCUGGUUUUAUUUUUGUAGUUGUACUCCAAAGAUGUUUCCUCGAGACAGGGCACUUCCGAAGGGUGUAUGUCAAGUGCCUGCCCAGCUUGUUAGUUUGGGUUUUUUUCCUACAUGGGCAGAAGAAGAUGGCUGUGACACAUUGAGGGCUGUUCACACGGGUAUGCAUCCCCCCCAGAGCUGCACAGAGGAGUCCUGUCCCCCUGCAAGGCUGGGGGGGGGCCGCCUGUUCCUGGCCCUGCACAAAGGGUAACCUUGCCCCACGGCUGCAGGGUGACAAGGGCAGGGAAAUUCCCUUGUCUGGACAUUCCUUUUUAAUGCUGUUUGGAUUUAUGCAGUGUGUUUCAAACCGGUCAAGGCACGUGAAGCCCUUUCCCUUUGGCCACGGCACAUUUCUGAAUGGACAGUAUCUGGGGGUACGUAAUUUUUCACAGGGUGGGGCUGCUCCUGGGCCCGCUGCCUUGCCAGUGUGGACCAGCACAUGGUUUGUUUCCUGCUGCAGUGCAACACAACUUGCUUUGAAGGACCAGGAUUUUUAUAUUUCUUUUUUUUCUGUGUGGUAAAGUCAAUAAAUGAUUUAAAAAAUAAA